AUGCAAAUGCAGAAGUUCGUUUUUGCUGUCAUUGCAACAACUCUUCUCUUCAGUUUUUUCCCUGCUCUCAAGGAGGGACAGACAUGUUUAAAACAUAAAAACUGUGAUUCUGGGUUGCACUGUGGAAUCUGUAUUGCUAAUGGCAGUGUACGGCCAAGGUGCACUCGAGUCAAGCCUGUCAAUCCCACUUCACAGGUGAAGGGAUUGCCAUUUAAUCGCUACUCGUGGCUCACCACUCACAACUCUUUUGCAAGACUUGGACAUGUCAAGUCUGCAACCGGGGCUGUGAUUCUUUCUCCAACGAAUCAACAGGACUCCAUAACCAGCCAGCUCAAUAAUGGUGUUAGAGGUUUAAUGCUUGAUAUGUAUGACUUCAAGAAUGACAUUUGGUUGUGUCACUCCUUUCAAGGGAAAUGCUACGGCUUCACAGCUUUUCAACCGGCUAUAAAUGUAUUGAAGGAGGUUCAAGCAUUUCUUGAAGGAAACCCCACAGAAAUUGUCACUACUAUCAUUGAGGACUAUGUAACAUCACCAAAUGGACUUACUAAUGUAUUUGCUGCUGCUGGCCUUGCGAAAUACCGGUUUCCAGUUACUCGAAUGCCCAAAAAUGGAGAAGAUUGGCCAACAGUUGAUGAUAUGAUUCGAAACAAUCAACGUUUGGUGGUUUUUACUUCAAAAUCCUCUAAGGAGGCUUCAGAAGGGACAGGUUAUCAGUGGGACUAUAUGGUGGAAAACCAAUAUGGGGAUAGUGGGAUGAAAGCUGGUUCAUGUCCAAACCGGGGAGAAUCAGCUCCGAUGAACUCAACAUCUAGGUCAUUAGUCCUAGUGAAUUACUUUCCUGACGCACCAGCGAUAAUGCAAGCUUGCAAGCAUAAUUCAGCUCCAUUGAAAAGGAUGAUUAACACAUGUUAUGAAGCUUCAGGCAAACGAUGGCCUAACUUCAUUGCUGUCGACUAUUACAAGAGAAGUGAUGGUGGGGGAGCCGCAGAAGCUGUGGAUGAGGCAAAUGGUCAUCUUGUUUGUGGCUGCGAUAAUAUUUCCUAUUGCAAGGCAAAUAUGACUUAUGGAGCUUGUGACCUGCCUGAGGCUGCAGCCGUUCAACCUGCAUCUGAAUCAGUAGCAAACGAAUCCAACUUCUUACAUUCAAAUAGAAAACCAGUUCAAUCAUGGGGGUUGCUUGGAGUAGCCUUGCUGACUAUUCUUUUGUAG